GCAUUUGAAACAUCAUCCAUGGCAUAUUUCAUCACAAACACCACAAACCCCUUGAAAUUCCUUCAUUUCCUCACAAUUUUUUCCUUAAUCUCAUAUUUUUCUUCUUCUUCUUCUUCGUUGCCGCCUUCAAUCCACGAUCUACUUGUCUCGAGAGGCUUACCAAAAGGUUUUCUCCCAAAGGAAGUGAAAUCCUACACGCUCUCCGAGAAUGGAACCCUCCAAGUCUUUCUCGACGAACCGUGCUUGACAAAGUACGAGAAUAGGGUUUUCUUCGACACUGUAGUGACGGCUAACCUUAGCUACGGCAGCCUCAUUGGUGUGGUCGGUUUAAGCCAAGAAGAACUCUUCCUUUGGUUGCCUAUUAAGGACAUCAUCGUUGAUGACCCCAUAUCUGGUCUUAUUUUGUUUGACAUUGGUGUCGCUUAUAAACAGCUCUCUUUGUCUCUUUUCGAAGAACCUACUCACUGUAAACCUCAAGGACUAUUGAAGAAUCCAGUGAGAGAGCAGAAAGGGGUUUGAGGCUAUGCGAUAAAGAUUCCAAGCUCUGUCAACCAUUUUUUAACUACGUAAUAAUUAAUUUUUAAAUAAUUUUAA